CCUUCCGUGCAGAGAAGCACGUACCUGCAGGAGACACCGGACAGCGGUUCUGCCUUCGAACGAUGCUGCUUUGGUUUUAACAUCUUUAAAUAAAUGCGACAGGCCGGUUAGGAGGCGGAACUUCCGUCCGGCUGUUUAUCUCCGUGUGCAGCCUGCAGGCGUCCCGUGCACCAUCACGUAACGAGGUUGUCCCGUCACACGCCCGCGCUAUGCUGGGCUGUUUGCUGCGACGAGGCUGCGGCCCUCUGGUUCUCCUGUGGGGCCUGAUGCUGCCUCUGGUCUCCCUCCGCCGCCUCAACCAACACGGGGGCCGGAGCCAGGGCCCGAGGGAUCGGCCCAAGCUGCUGCUCCUGUCCUUCGACGGCUUCCGCUGGGACUACAUCGACCGGGUCCCGACGCCAAACUUCCACAACCUCAUCGACAACGGCGUGAUGGUGGAGCAGGUGGAGAACGUGUACAUCACCAAGACCUUCCCCAACCACUACAGCCUGGUGACGGGGCUGUACGCCGAGACGCACGGCAUCGUGGCCAACGAGAUGUACGACCCGGCCGCCAACCGCUCCUUCUCCAUGGAGACGGACAGUAUUUACGAGUCCUGGUGGUGGGAGGAGGCGGUGCCGCUCUGGUUGACCAUCCAGAAAGCCGGAGGGCGCAGCGGGGCCGCGAUGUGGCCGGGGUCCGACGUGAAGAUCCACGGCGAGUUCCCCGAUCGCUACCUCCCGUACAACGCCUCGGUCUCCUUCGAGGACAGAGUGGGGCGCAUCAUCGAGUGGUUCUCCGCACCCGAGGAGGAGGCGGUGGACUUCGGGGUUCUGUACUGGGAGGAGCCGGACGAGAGCGGGCACCUCCUCGGGCCCGAGAGCUCCCUCAUGGACCCGGUCAUCAUCGACAUCGACGGGAAGCUGGGCUACCUCAUCAACGAGCUGAAGAAGGCCGGGCUGUACGAGAGCGUGAACCUGAUAGUGACCAGUGACCACGGCAUGGCGCAGCUUUCCCCCGACAAGAUCAUAGAGCUGGACCAGUACGUGAGCAGGGACCUGUACACCUGGGUGGACAAGAGUCCCGUGGUUGGAAUACUGCCCGUGGAAGGCAGGAACGACGAGGUGUACAGCAAGCUGGUGGACGCCAACCCCAACAUGGUGGUGUACAAGAAGGAAGACCUCCCCGAGCGAUUCCAUUAUCAACACAACAUCCGGAUCAUGCCCAUCCUCAUCGAGUCCAAGGAGGGCUGGACCAUCAUGCAGAACAGGACCGGGCCCUUCAUGCUGGGGAACCACGGCUUCGACAACACCCUGCGCAGCAUGCAGCCCGUGUUUGUGGCCCGCGGGCCGGCCUUCCGCCAGAAUUACCUCAAGGACUCCAUGCGCGCCGUUGACCUCUACCCUCUCAUGUGCCACAUCCUGUCCGUCCCCGCCCUGCCCAACAACGGCUCCCUCCGGAACGUGCAGGACCUGCUGUCCCAGGAGCCGGCCCGGACCACGCCCAGCGCGCCUCCCGGGGCCGGCGUGCACUCCUACGCCCCCGUGGUGGGCUCCUUCCUCGGCGUGGUGAUGGUGCUGGGCUUCCUGGUGGUCUACAUAAAACAAGUGACCCUCAAACAGCUGCCCUCGCUAAAGCACAGGAGCAGGGAGAUGUCGCAGCCGCUGCUGCAGGAGGACUUGCACCUGUAGCCGGAGAAGAAGAAGAAGAAGAAGAGGAGGUAUUGCUCCCCCAAGGUAGUGCGCUCCGUUCAGAAGAACCCUCCUCCCCCACACACCCCUCACGCCAUUUAAUCUCAUUGUGCUGCUCUAUUUAUCAGUUGGAGUUAAAGGGAAUUCAAUUCACUCACGUAAAGAUGUGCAUCUGGCGUUUUUUGAGUGUGAGGGAGAUGUUCGGGCUCCUGGUUCAGGCUUAAUCGCGAUAAUAAACCUCUACUUGGGCUUUAGUGGCUUUGCUUUAGUUGUGGAUUUUUACCCAUCUCAUCUCAUCCUCGUCGUGUAAUAACAGGAUUUUCUCCUGUGAUUCUAGGAAGUACGAACCUUUGUUGGCCCAAAUCUGAGACUCACAGGUGUCAGUAUGCUCGAAACAAACCUGUCUGAAUGUUUUUGCAAAAUAAAUAGAUGUUAGAGAGGGAAUUAUUUAUUUUUUUUAAUUACAUCUCUAAGCAUCUUAUAAGUCAUCAUUACAACUGACUGGAUUUGUUUUAACCCAUAAAAAUAAAAUCUUAUUUCCUGAUGACCUACUCCAAAAAAUGACUCCAGGACAAGUAAAUGUGUCUAAUAGUCCAGCGGAUUGUGGCCCAGCUGCUGUGGCCCAACAUCCGUCAAUACGACUCAUCAAUGAUCAGCAAUUCCUAUCGGCAGCAACAAAUCCAUCGGAAAUUUCCUAAAAGUUGCGUUUGCUCACUUUGGUUGUUUGUCCGUUUUUUUGAGUUUUCUGAUCCGUCACCUCGUUCUGCUGAAAGGGAUCCAAGCUGAAGAGCCACAGAGAAGCUUGGGAAGGAUAGUUACACACACCGUGAGACUAGUGUUCCUCCAUGGCAUCAUUGUUCUGCGCUUGGGAAGAAUGUUCCGAUCAUUUCGGGCUGAAGUUGUAUGUUUCUGAAGGUAAAAAGUAAAAAACCAAGGCGGAUGCAGAUGUAAAUGGCGCCUUUCAAACCGACGUCAAAGUGCCUAACCGAGGCGAUCCAUCAAUACAAACCGUUUGGAGCAUACUGACACCCGCCACCACCCGUCCUGCUUGUGCUCUGACUUCUAUAAAUGCUGUGGUGUAUCAGGAAAGUGAUCGAUAUUAGUUUAGUGCCGGGAUCACGGUUUGUUAUUUUUGAAUGUUACCUGGAAGUAGAUGUUCCUCUAAAGACUGUGUGGGUAAUCCCGUCGGCCGACGACCUCACGACCUUUGCUCUUUAGUAGUGAGUUACCAUUUGCCUUUUAACUUAACGGAGAACGUGUCUCCGAGGUGUGCAAUCGUUAGUGCGUCAAGUCUGUUGUGUGUUUUUUUGUGUAGGGUUUGUGUUUGGAGUUCAGCUCUCAUACGUCGUAACCAUUUGUUGGUGAACUGUAAAGUGCAAUUGCUGUCGGUCAGUUUUUCGUCGUAGGGAUUUUAAGGGUUUUGUUUCGACUGGGCGGAGAACUGUUGCCCCUGAUUUGCACUAUGGGAUAGAGAUGAAACGGAACCAAGGGGCAGAAGCUGGAUGCUUUUUUGCACUUCCUGUUGCUAGUGGCCAUCUGAAAUGAUGGAGAAAAGAAAUAGGUGCCUCUUGCCAAAGUUUUUCUCUUUUCAGAAACAAUUGAUUUUUUUUUCUUAGUUCUUUUCAAUGCAUUGAGUAAUACAUGUGCCCCCCCCCAUCCUCACCGCCCCCCAAAAAAUAAACAUAAAUGACAGACAUCACUGUGAUACUAAAAAUGUAAAUUCUAAAAAUCAAAGCAUUUUUAUUGAAAUUGUUCAUUGUGUGAUAAUUGUCUGCUUGUUUUCCCUGGCUUGUUCAAAGAAGAAUGAAAUCCAUCCACACGGUACUUUAGUAAUUCAAUUAUAAUUUGUUAGAAAAGAACCAAUGUAUUAGAUCAGCUUAAUCUGGUGAUUAUUAACUUGUUUUCAAUUUACAAACAAACUCUUUGCCAUGUUGAUGCAAUUAAAGACAUGUGAAACCGA